AUGGCCUUGGAACCGCUCCGCGGCUCAUGCUCUUGCGGUCGAAAUGAAUACCAAAUCAAUAUUCCGGACGACGUGACAAACCAUGCCGAAGUGUAUUUUGACAGCAGCCGAGACAAUCGUCGAUUUCACGGUACACCUCUUUCGGCGUGGCUUCGAGUACCUCUCAGCUGGUACCAAUCCCACACUCAGUCCUUCUUCCCCGAUGAAUCGCACUCUUCCAUUCGCCGCAUCCAUUCGCCCCGCCAUGCGCCCCGGACUCAGCGUGUCUUCUGUGGCUACUGCGGUACACCCCUGACAUUCUGGACGGAGGAGCCCAUUGAAGAAGCCAACUUCAUGUCUGUCGCGAUCGGCAGUCUGCUAGUGGAUGACCAGCACGCACUGGAUGAUCUAAGAUUGCUUCCUCGGGACUUUUACGAGGAAGCUCCCCGUGCCGGUAUUUCGACCUCAUCUGAUCUGGCACCAACCUCGGAGACCGCUUCAUCCUCGGUCAUUGUUCCAUCGACUACUGAUUCUUCGGACAUCUCAACUAGUCUACAGCACGGUAUAACUGGAGGAAUUCCUUGGUUCGAAGAGAUGGUAGAAGGGAGCCGCCUGGGCCGUUUGAUGCGUACUCGGCGUGGUAUGGGAGUCAGUGAUGAUCAAUCAACUUCGAUCCAGUGGGAAUUCAGCGAAUGGCAUGAUGAUGGAACCGGUGCAGCUGGAUUCCUGCAGCAGGAUCCGGACUCGAGCGUACUCUUCAGGGGAAAUCGCAAGCGGGUGAAUCAGGCAGAUACUGGAAUUGAGUCUCCAACGAAGCGAGCAGGGUAA